AUGACGUCCUGGAAAGGGUGUCAGAGGCAGUAUACACUAGUGCAGAACGCCCCAGGAGCACAAGGACAUCCUAAGAUCAGGAUGUCUCAGAAGAUGUGGAUCAGGCUGAUGCUGAUGGCAGCAAUGGCAGUGGCUCUGAAGGGGAGGAAGAUACCAGGCAUAGUGCUAAGGAUUUCCCAGAAAGGCCUAGACCAUGUUUCAAAGCAAGGCGCAGAGUUACUACAGGAGGAGCUGCUGAAGAUCUCUUUGCCAAUUCAAAUGGGGCUAGGGGAUUAUGAAUUCAUCAGAAUGAUGAUCAGCAAGUUUAUGUUGCAAAAAUCCCAUAUUAGUGUGGUUUCUAAAGGCUUUGUUUUGUCCAUGACCAAUAGCUCCAUCAUCAUUAAUGGAAAAUGGACCAGCCAGAAGUCCAAAAAUAAUCAUGUCCCUUUUGACCUGAAACUGGAUGAUGUCACCAUCAGAACCGGAUUUAAUCUGGGGAAGAACAAUAAUAACCAAAUCUCUAUUUCUGUCUCAUCAUGCAUCAUCCACAUUGGCAGUGUUCACAUAUUCACCUCAACCAACCAAAGUUUGCUGAGAGAAGUGUAUCAGAACGAUAUCCAGACAACAUUACACAAUAACGUGUUCCAAAAGAUCUGUAGUGUGAUAAGAACCUCGACAACUUCGUACGUGGAACCCUACCUCCACACUAUGCCAGUGAAAGUCAACUUGGAUGGAAUCGCUGGAAUCGAUUAUUCCUUGAUACAGCCUCCAAAAUCCAGGGGCUACCACCUGGACAUUCCUCUGAAGGGCCAGUUUUUCAGCUUGACUCAUCAUACCUCAUUCCCCUUUUCUCCUUCUGCUGUGAGUUUCCGUAGCAGCCAACUACAGAUGGUCUAUUUCGGAGUCUCACAUUCCUUCUUCGAUUCAGCCAUACAUGUUUACAAAAAUGCUGGAAUCAAAUCCCUCCAAACGAAUAGUUCCAUGGUUCCAAAGGACUCCAAAUACACUUUGUCGACCGACUACUAUGGAAUUCUGAUCCCUCAGCUGUCCAAGGACUUCCCUAGCAUGGCAAUGACAAUCGACAUUGACUUUCCCUCCUCCGCACCAACCAUCUUCGUUGACUCUAGAAUGAAACUGAGCCUCAUGUCUUCACUUUCAACCCACGUCUUUGUGGUUUUCUCCAACUCUUCUCAGACCCCCCUCUUUACACUGAAACUGAAAACCACUGUUACCCUCUAUAUUGCAGUUAAGGAUGGUACCAUUUUGGGGCGCAUGACAUUGGAAAGCCUCAGCAUGGAAUUGAAGAAAUCAUAUAUUGGCCAUUUCCAGGCAUCUCUGCUGCAGGACCCUUUUACCUAUUACAUGUCCAAAGUUUGGCUCCCUAUUAUUAAUGGGAGGCUGGAGCAAGGCUAUCCUUUACCUGUACCGGCUAAUCUCCACUUCUCCGACUAUAUCGUAUAUCCUCAUAAGCAUUUCCUGGUGUUUGGGACAGAUUUUAUUUAUUCUUGAGAGAGGCUGGCUGACUGCCGUGGUCAUCCGCACAUCAUCUCCACCCUGGCUACCAUUACUGACCAUUACUCUGGAACUUGACCCACCAAGAGACACUUACAAAAGCCUCCGGAUUUAUAACUGGUGAAUGAACUGGAGAAAUGACAGUGAAAAGGGGACAAUGUUCAGUGGGAGGGCUUUUGUUUUGUUAAAAAGCAAGUGAAAAUUUUCAUUGGGGUGGGAGGUUGGCAGGUUGGAGGGAAUCCAUUGAGGUUUUCUUAAGGCAAUGUUUUUCAUUAUUAUCUU